GUUUAGUGGUUGGAAUGGAUAUACUUGAAGCUUCGAUCGUACAUCACAUUGCGCUGGUGUUGUUGGUGCUUUGGAUCUUGUCGUCUUUGGGUUGGGCUAAUCCGGUUGUUUUCUUCGUAGCUUUGUUUUAUCUUUACAAGGUAUGGCUACUUCCUCUGCUUUGCUUAUGCUUUCGAGUCUUGUUAACUUCUGUUUAUUUUACAGUGGUAAGAGAAUCAGGUAGUAGAGUUUUGGGCGCAGGCCAAUGAUACAUAUUACAGAGAGUAUAUUUACUUAGCUCUAGAUGAUACCUAUGCCAUGUUCAGAAAGUAGUAUAUUGUUUAUCAGAAACAGUCGGAAAAUGACAUAGAAAUGCACUUUCUCAAAGAUGAAAGCUGUGUAAAAUGUUUGGCUGAAAGAGGAGGAAGAAACAUUAGGAUGUGAAUUGGUGACUUGAGCAACAAAAUCUCCACUAGUCCAAUGUUAAUUUGAAUCGUCGAUAAUGCUGUAGACCUUCUCUACUAAAUGCUACAAGCCAAAGAUUGCCUCAUCCUUCAAUGCUCAGGACAUCUCGAUCUCCAUAUUUUGUUAGUCAUCUGCUACUAUUAAACAAAAUAACACUUAUAAGGCCUAAGUUCAAAUUUUCAAUGCCUGACAGCAGAACAUUGUUAUUAUCCAAUCCAAGCCAUUAGUUGGAGACCUAACAUACUGCUACUUUGUCCUUGUGUGUAAGUGAAGUCUUUUCUAAAGCGACAAAUAAAUUUGAAUUUUGAACUAUAUUGUUUAUUAUGCAUACCAUGUAGAGGACUUAAAUACAUGCAGCAGGAGAAAUAAAUGCAUGUUUCACUUCUCUUUUUUUUGUGUGUGUUUUGGAUGUUGAAAGGGUGAGCCUUGGCACAACAGUAAGGUUGCUGCUGUGAAGGUCAUGAGUUCGAAAUAUGAAAAUAGCUGCUCUGGGAUAAUAUUGCAUACACCUGACCUUUUCCAGACCCCACAAUAGCGGGAGCCUCAUGCAUUUGGCUACCCUUUGUGUGUUUUGGGUGUUUGUUCUAUUUGCUAUAAGGUUCCUAAACAGUCAGUGCUACAUCUUCUUUAAAAGCUUUCAAACUUGAUAUCUCACCCAGUUGGCCAAUAUUGAGACGAGGCUGAGAAAAUUUGGAAAGAACCAAGGUGCUCUAGGAUCUAAGCCGAUGCUUAUCUUCUGUUUUAAGGAUUUUUACUUUAAUAAUUAAAAUUAUUAAAACACUUUGACAAAUCUUGGCCAAUGUAUUGAUGUUGUACCUGCCAAUAUCUUGGGACAUAUCAGUUUAUAAAAGCUGAGAGAGUAAGGGGUGAGAUUUUACAGUGUUGUCUCAGUGAGCGGCUGAUGCUGAUACAAGCUGAUGUCUCAAAUUGAGGUUAAUGAAUGCUAUCUACUUAGACUACGGAGGAGACUAGAGUUUGAGGGAAGAAAAUCUGCCAACCAACUAAGGCUUUUUUCUGAUUCAGAAUCAGUACGAUGGCUAAAUCAUGUGGUUGAAAAGGUUUGGCCUAUAUGCAUGGAACAAAUUGCAUCACAGGAAUUUCUCUUGCCCAUCAUACCAUGGUUCUUGGAGAAGUACAAGCCUUGGACUGUUCGCAAGGCAGUUGUUCAGCACCUUUAUUUGGGCAGGAGUCCACCAGUGUUUACAGGAAUGCGGGUUAUUCGUGAAUCAACUGAUGAUGACCAUUUGGUUCUAGAGCUGGGCAUGAACUUUCUAUCGGCUGAUGAUAUGAGUGCAAUACUUGCAGUUCAAUUAAGGAAAAGAUUAGGUUUUGGAAUGCGGGUGAAGAUGCAUGUGACGGGAAUGCAUGUUGAAGGAAAGGUUCUGGUGGGAAUGAAGUUCCUUAGACAGUGGCCCUUUCUUGGGCGUGUGAGAGUGUGUUUUCUUGAGCCACCAUACUUUCAGAUGACAGUAAAACCAAUCUUUAAUCAUGGGAUCGAUGUUACUGAACUUCCAGGAAUUGCAGGAUGGCUUGAUAAGAUUUUGGCAGAUGCAUUUGAACAGACAUUGGUUGAGCCUAAUAUGCUGGUUGUUGAUGUGGAAAAAUUUGCUUCAAUGCCAACAGAGAGUUGGUUUACUGUUGACGAAAGACAUCCAAUUGCAUUAGCUAAAGUGGAGAUUAUAGAGGCAACUGAAGUUAAACCAUCAGAUUUAAAUGGGCUUGCGGAUCCUUAUGUCAAAGGUCAAUUUGGCCCUUACAGAUUCCAGACAAAGAUUCAAAAGAAGACUCUAGCUCCAAAAUGGCUCGAAGAGUUUAAGAUUCCCAUCACUUCUUGGGAAACACCUAACAUCCUAGUUCUUGAAAUUCGUGAUAAGGAUUUUGUCUUUGAUGACAUGCUCGGGGAUUGUUCAAUAGACAUUGCUGAUCUCAGGGGUGGGCAAAGACAUGACAAGUGGCUGACCUUAUGGAACAUCAAUACAGGGAGGUUGCACUUGGCAAUUACCGUGCUUGAUAUCGAUUCUAAAAAGAAAUCCUUGCAGGGGAAGGAGAAGUCCAGUGAUGAAGGCUUAUCGAAGACGGCAGAAACUGAUUCUCCAGAAUCAAACUCAAUGGCUCAACACACUUGUACAUCUUCUGAAGUAGGUAGAAAAAUAGUGGAUGAGUUUGAACCCAUUAACAUUGAAGGGCAACAGGAGACAGGAAUGUGGAUACAUCACCCUGGGAGUUGUGCAGCUAAAUCAGAAACCCGACUCCCUGGAGAGGACAGUGCUGGCAACGACAGCCCAAGAUCAUUAGCUUCUGAGUGCAGUGAUACCAACAACGCCGAAAAAUCAUACAGGAAUGAUGUUCACGGUCUCCGCACAAUUCGGAGAGGCCUGCACAAGUUUGGGAACAAAUUCCACAGAGGCCAAAAGAAUGAGAGUCCUAGUUAGUCAUAAACAGGACAGGGUUCAUCUGAAGUGGUUCGAAGGGUGGUUCUCACGCAGCAAAUGGUACUUUCUAAGAAACAACCAGCUGGUAAAUGGAUGGGCUAUUGCAUGCCAUCUGCCUUCGACCAGGAAAAAACUAAUGCUAAAGACGAAAACAGUUCAAAUGACUCUAAGAAAUUGAUGAGUACCAGGGAAAUGUUCUGUUGGAUAACACCUUUGGUUCUGUGAAAAUUCCAGUUUUCCCUAAUUACAACUGAGUACUUUGUUAAAAGAAGGUAAUUGUGAAGUAUACAGCAUUAACCCUCUUACGUUGAUCAACAUUUGUUUUUAUUGUAAAUAGUAUGUUGAAAUAUAAGUUUAAUUUUAUGAAUAGCAUGAUUUUUUAAUA